AUGUCUGCCCCAGAAAAUGGUCUCGUUUUGGUGGAGCAAGAAGCGGAAGAGCCAUCUCAGGUGUCCGCUGAUAGUAGUGGAUCGUCUAUCAGCAUGAAGCCUGGUCCACUUCUGUUUGCUGCAGAAACUAUCAAGCUUGUCGAACGUGCCGUACCUGGCUCGUCAAGUCUGGAUCAGAAAGUCAGAAAACUGGUGGACACG